UCCCAGACAGUGACGGGAGUCCCAGGAUCCGGACCACAAGUGCGAAGCCUCGGCUCAGCGAUAAUGCCACAGUCGGCAGGCCUAAGCUGGAUCAGUCGUCGGGCGGUCUACGCACAGGAAGUGCACCCGGUGCUGAUCCGUCAUCUUCCAGGCCCAGCCGCCCUGGACCGGAGAAGAAAAGGCUCUGUGUCAGGACCAGCACAAUGACAUCCUUUCACGCCCUAUGACGGCCCCGGGGCUGCCUUUGGACUUUCUCUCACAGUAAAAAGCUAUUUUCAUUUUCUAGUAGCUGCUGUGCGAGUCACGCACGCGUGGAUUACAGAAGUUGGGAGGGGACUUGGCCGAGUGUCAGGACUUUUUUUUUUUUUUCUUCAGCGCAGAGCUGACGCACUAAGCCUAAAGAGAGGGAGAGAGGGGAGUCAGUCCGAGGAACAGGCGGCAAGCUCCGAUCACACGCUUUGUGUUGUGGGACAAAAAACAGCGGAUCUACCAUGUCCACACCGGGGGGUUGUCCACGGCCACGCCUGAGGAGAAUGUGAAACCCCUGGACGACUUUGUGGUCUGGUUCUGUAUCAGGGGGGCAUGGGCCCGGGCCUCGCUGCAGGAGGAGUCCAUGGCCGAGUCCAAGAACCGGGACGAGGAGAUGGAGAGCUACCGAGACCUCCUGCAGGCCGGCUGCCAGCUGAAAGACACACUGCAGCAGGUGACUGUUCCUAUGAGCAUGAAGGAGGUCAGAGGCUACAUAGAGAAGCAGGUUGCGUACCUGUCAGGCGGUCGUGGAGAAGACUCCAGCGUCAUCAUCACUCUCCCAGAAUGCUCCGCUUUCAGGGAUAUCCCGGAGGAGGCCUUGGCCAAAGUCUUCACGUACCUCACACUCAUCCCCAGAACCAGACAACCAGGGGUCAAGUUUAUCAUCAUUUUAGACCGCAGACUUGACACGUGGGCUUCUAUCAAGAAUGCGCUGGCCAGAAUAGCAGCCUCCUUUCCCGGGAACCUCCACCUGGUGUUGGUGCUGCGACCCACCAGCUUCUUCCAUCGCACCGUCGCCGACAUCGGCUUUCGCUUUGGCCAAGAUGACUUCUUGCUGAAGAUGCCGGUGGUGAUGCUGAGCUCCGUCACCGACCUGCUGAAGUACAUCGAUGAGAACCAGCUGACGUCUGAGUUCGGAGGCACUUUGGACUACUGCCAUAGUGACUGGAUCCUUCUAAGGACAGCCAUUGAAGGUUUUGCCGUCACGGUCAAAGACAUAGCGCACAUGCUGCAGGCCUUCGGCACUGAACUGGCCGAGACUGAACUGCCCGGCGAGGGCGGCGCCAUCGAGCGCCUCCUGGCGUCUCACAAUGACAAAUACCGGAAGCUUAAAGAGGCCAUUAGAUCUCUGUUCAAGGAGGGUCAGCACCUUCUGUCAAACCUGGAGACAACUACGAGGGAUACCAAGGACCCUCAGUGGGACGUCAAGCUGGACUGGGAGACGGUACAAAGGCUCCUCAAUCAACUGAGAGACAUGGAGUCAGCCUUUGACGGCUUCUUUGAUAAGCACCACCUGAAACUGCAUCAGUACUUGCAACUGCUCACAUUUGAGAAAGGCUUUCAUGAGAUGCAGUCGUGUCUGCAGCGUCUGUCAUCUCAGGGAGAGGAGCUGUCCACACGUGGUGACACUCCGGCUCAAACUGAGCAGGCUCUCAAACAGCUGGACACUUCUGAAUUGUUUGCACAGGAUGUGAUGUCACGUGCACAGAUCAUCAUCCUCCAUGGGCACCAGCUUUCCGCAGGCCACCACUACGCCACCUCGCUCAUCAUGCAGCGCUGCAACGAGCUGCGCCAUCACUGCGAUACCCUCGACACGGCCCUGGCCGCCAAACGCCGUUGUCUCCUGCAGACGCACCAACUGCUGAUAUCUCUGGACCAGGCCCAAACCUGGUGUGAUGAUGGAGCAUACCUGCUGGCCAAUCAGCUGGUGGAGAAGUUUCAGUCCAAGGAGGGGGCUCAGACUGCUCUGAAGGCCAUUGAGAGCUUCCUGGACCGGGCGCCAUCAUUGAUGACAUCAGGACCUGAUGUUCUUACGCUGGAGUACGAGGCUGUCGUCACCCCUCAGCUGCAGGUGAAAAUUGAUAAAACGUUUGAGAAGCAUGCAGCCGUACAGCAGAUGGUCCAGAACAGACAAGCCAGUCUAAGGAAGCUGGCGGAUAAACAUGUCCGUCCGGUCCAGUUGGUGGCGCCCCGUGCUGAGAACCCGCCACGCUCAAAGUCCCCUAUCUUCUCCCCCAAGCACGCUGAUGGUUUGAAAUUCACAUUUGAUCUGCCGCUGCCUGGAAAGCGGGCGUCUCGCAAAGGCCCUAACUCUCGCACAAUCGAGGUCAUCCACCACUACCAGGAGAGUCGCAGCUGUGUGACGUACGGCGUGGAGGGUGAGGACAGCCCUGAUGUUCUCAAGCGUCAUGUGAUGAGGGAACUCAUCGAGACGGAGAGAAUCUACGUGGAGGAGCUGCUGUCCGUUCUUCUGGGCUACAAGGCUGAGAUGGAUAACCCACUUCUGUCGGGUCUCCUGCCAGCCGCCCUGCGCAGCAAGAGAGGCGUCCUCUUUGGAAACAUGUCAGACAUCUACAAUUUCCACAGCAGAGUAUUUCUCCAGGACUUGGAGGGAUGCCUCGAGACUCCAGAAGGUGUUGGAAUCUGCUUUCUCGCGAGGCAGAAAGACCACUUCCAAAUGUACGAGUGCUACUGUCAGAAUAAACCACGUUCGGACGCCCUGUGGCGACAGUUCUCUGACUCCGCCUUCCUUCAGGAGUGUCAGAAGAAGCUGGGACACAAACUGGGCCUUGACUCUUACCUGCUGAAACCUGUGCAACGCCUCACCAAAUAUCAGCUGCUGCUAAAGGAGCUGCUCAAAUACAGCACAGACUGCGAGGGUUCCUCCGAGCUGCAGGAGGCGCUAACAGCCAUGCUGGACUUGCUCAAGUCGGUCAACGACUCCAUGCACCAGAUCGCCAUCACGGGAUACGAGGGGGACAUCUGCGAGCUGGGCCGCGUGUUGAUGCAAGGGCCCUUCAGCGUGUGGAUCAGCCACAAGAGAGGGUCCACCCGCAUGAAGGAGCUGGCCCGCUUCAAGCCCAUGCAGAGACACCUCUUCCUCUACGAGACGGUGCUGCUGUUCUGCAAGAGGAGGGAGGAGCACGGAGACGGCUGCGAUAAGACACCCUCCUACGGCUUCAAGCACUGCAUCAAGAUGACAGCCGUGGGGAUCACGGAGAACGUCAAAGGAGAUCCAAGGAAGUUUGAGAUUUGGUACAGUGGCAGAGAGGAAGUGUAUGUGGUUCAGGCUCCCAGCGUGGAGGUGAAGACGUCGUGGCUCAGCGAGCUCCGUCGGAUCUUGACCAACCAGCAGAGGCUACUACGAGAUGAGGCCCAUCAAAACGGACAACAGGUAGAGCACAUGCAGCUUUCGCCGCCACCUUGUGACAGUAAGCAACAGAGGGCCUCAAUGAGCUCAGAAGACACGGAGUCCAGUAGGAGCAGUCCAGAUCGUCAGCGGCGCUCCCCUAAACGACGGCUGAUGAACCGCAGGAGUUGGCCGGGAGCUCAUCACUCAUCAAACAAUUGCCUGGAGGAAACGUCUGGAGGCAUUCUGGACCACCGGUCUGACGCACAAUUGCUCAAACUGUCUCCAGGUAAAUAUCGGGCCUUAGUGGACUGCCUUCAGAACGGGCCAGACAGCAUGGUCAUCAAAAGUGGUGACGUCAUCCAGCUCAUGUGUGAAGACGACAAAGGCCGAUGGCUGGUGAGGAACCUGAGUCGGCACCAGGAUGGCUUGGUCGCGUCCGCCCUCCUGCAAGUGACCAUAAGGGGGAGCCGUCGAGCAGGCCCGUCGGGGCUGAGGGAAAGGGGCCGGGAAAGAAAGUUCAGUUCUCCUUAACCAGAGGGGGGCGCCAGUGAGUCUAACGAUGGACAUUUUGCUACUCCAGUCGCGCUCAUGUCCUCGCAGAUUUGGACUGACAAUCUGGAACAAUCGGCGUUUUACCUCCACACAUUUACGCCGGAUUGUAAGAAGAAAAAAGACGGUAAGCACAAAAACUAAAUGGGCGCCGUGUCGUCUCUUCGGCUGCAAUCAUGGGUGUGUAAGCGGAGUGGUGGUCUUUGUCCUAACCCAGAGAUUUUUAUUUUUUUUUGGACACAAAGACAAUCAAAGACCAAACUGUGGCACCCGAACUGAAAUCUUGGAUCAUAGCCUCAGAGCCACUAGGGGGCAUACUUGAUGACGUGAAGUUCCGUGAUGUGACAGGGACCCCAUUUUCUGGACAUUUCAGUUCCUUGUCAGCAUUUAAGUGCAGCACACCAUUCCUAAGGGAUUUUAGUUCCCUUGAUCUUUGCAAUAAUACUUACUUCCUCAUGUGCUCCUCUCUACUAAAGUGCCAAAAUGAUGUUUUCCAUCCUCCAACUUUUACGAAUGUCUACGGAAGUUUUCAUUCAUCCAUCCAAAGAGAACUCUUCAGUUUGUCGCAGAAGACCUUUCGGCCUCUCAUUUGAACUGGCAGCAUUAGUUGGAGCUUAUAGACUUAGGACAGCUCUAGUCUGAGAGGAUGGUGCAGGGACCAGAGGCGACAAUUGUGGUGCAAAAAAAUCCCAACUUUGAGAGGAUAAAUACAAAAACCCAAAACCAGUGAAGUUGUCACGUUGUGUAAAUGGUAAAUAAAAACAGAAUACAAUGAUUUGCAAAUCCUUUUCAUUUUAUAUUCAAUUGAAUAGACUGCAGAGAGAAGAUAUUUCAUGUUCCAACUAAGAAACUUAGUUUUUUUUGCAAAAAAUCAUUAACUUAGAAUUUAAUGGCAAAGAGACAUUGCAAAAAAGUUGUCACAGGUGCAUUUUUACCACUGUGUUACAUGGCCUUUCCUUUUAACAACACUCAGUAAACGUUUGGGAACUGAGGAGACACAUUUUUUAAGCUUUUCAGGUGGAAAUAAUUCCCGUUCUUGCUUGAUGUACAGCUUAAGUUGCUCAACAGUCCGGGGUCUCCGUUGUGGUAUGUUCGGCUUCAUAGUGCGCCACAAUUUUCAAUGGGAGACAGGUCUGAACUACAGGCAGGCCAGUCUAGUACCCGCACUCUUUUACUAUGAAACCACACUAUAAAACUUGGCUAGGUAUUGUCUUGCUGAAAUAAGCAGGGGCGUCUAUAAUAAUAAUAAUAAUAAUAAUAAUAAUGGAUUAGAUGUAUAUCGCGCUUUUCUAUUGUUGGAUACUCAGAGCGCUUACAGUGAAGUCUAUGAUAACGUAGCUUGGAUGGUGCCUUCACAGAUGUGUAAGUUACCCAUGCCUUGGGAACUAAUACACCCCCAUACCAUCACAGAUGCUGGCUUUUCCACUUUGAACAAUCUGCAUAGUUAUUUUCCUCUUUGUUCUGGAGGACACGACAUCCACAGUUUCCAAAGCAAUUUGACAUGUGGCCUCGCCAGACCACAAAACACCCAUCUAUACACUUUGCAUCAGUCCAUCUUAGAUCCAGCGAAGCCGGCGGCGUUUGUGGGUGUUGUUGAUAAAUGGCUUUCGCUUUGCGUAGUAGAGUUUUAACUUGCACUUACAGAUGUAGCGACCAACUGUAGUUACUGAGAGUGGUUUUCUGAAGUGUUCCUGAGCCAAUGUGGUGAUAUCCUUUAAACACUGAUGUCACUUUUUGGUGCAGUACCGCCUGUCCGUAAUAUCAUCGCUUAUGUGCAGCGAUUUCUCCAGAUUCUCUGAACCUUUUGAUGAUAUUGCGGACCAUAGAUGGUGAAAUCCCUAAAUUCCUUGCAAUAGCUGGUUGAGAAAUGUUGUUCUUUAACUGUUGGACAAUUUGCUCACGCAUUUGUAGACAAAGUCCUUGUUUGUGAAUGACUGAGCAUUUGAUGGAAGCUGCUUUUAUACCCGAUCAUGGCACCCACUUGUUCCCAAUUAGCCUGUUCACUUGCGGGAUGUUCCAAAUAAGUGUUUGAUGAGCAUUCCUCAAUUUUCUCAGUCUUUUUUGCCACUUCUGCCAGCUUUUUUGAAACAUGUUGCAGGCAUCAAAUUCCAAAUGAGUUAAUGUUUGCAAAAAUAACAUAGGUUAAAAAGGAUUUGCAAAUCAUUGUACUCUGUUUUUAUUUACCAUUUACACAACGUGCCAACUUCACUGCUUUUGGGUUUUGUACUUUGGAUCCUGCAUUAUCCUCUCAGACUCUAGCGGUCUUAUCCAAGUCUAAGAGGGUCAGAAGCAAAACCAUCCUUGCUCCGAGCACGCCCUGCUCUUGUCGGUGUAUAAAUAGUUGGGGUUUUGGCACCAGCAUCUGGACUGCAUCUCACCAAUGGAGGUCUAUGAGCAUGAAGUGAUGAAGCCCGCUCGGAUGAGAGACGAAACAUCUUCUGAGACAAACUGAUCAGUCUUGUUGUAAUCCAUCCAAUGCCCUGAGAAAACUUAAAAAAAAAUUGUUUUAAGGUACAAUUUAGAAUGUAUCAGCAUUCAAGUGAUGUACGUACAGCAUAUACUGUAGCACUCUGAAUGUACAGUAUAUACUGUAGCACUCUGAUGGUACAUAUAUACUGUAGCUCUCUGAAUGUUUGUAUAUACUGUAGCACUCAGACUACGUACAGUAUAUCCUGUCACAUUCUGAAUGUACAGUAUAUUCUGUAGCACUCUGAAUGUACGUAUAUACUGUAGCACUCUGAAUGUAUGUACAUACUGUAGCACUCUGAAUGUGUGUGUGUGUGUGUAUGUAUAUAUAUAUAUAUAUAUAUAUAUAUAUAUAUAUAUAUAUAUAUAUAUAUAUAUUGUAUAUACUGUAGCACUCUGAAUGUACAGUAUAUACCAUAACACUCUGAAUAUACAGUAUAUACUGUAGCUCUGUGAAUGUACAGUAUAUACUGUAGAACUCUGAAUGUACAUAUACACUGUAGCACUGUGACUAUGUAUAUACUGUAGCUCUCUGAAUGUACGUAUAUACUGUAGCACACUGAAUGUACAUAUAUACUGUAGAUCUCUGACUACGUACAGUAUAUACUGUGACUCUCUGAAUAUACAUAUAUACUGUAGCACUCUGACUACAUAUAUACUGUAGCACUCUGAAUGUAAAUAUAUACUGUAACACUCUGACUGCGUACAGUAUAUACUGUAGCACUCUGAAUGUACAUAUAUACUGUAGCACUCUGACUACGUACAGUAUAUACUGUAGCACUCUGAAUGUACAUAUAUACUGUAGCACUCUGAAUGUGCACAUAUACUGUGGCACUCUGAAUGUAUGUAUAUCUUGUAGCACUCUGACUACGUACAGUAUAUACUGUAGCACUCUGACUGGAAUAUUGAUUGCAGACGUACAUAGCUUUACCAAAUCAAAACCAAUGAUGUGUAAACGUGUUUGCAGAUCACACGACGCAUUUAUUUUGUUCAAAUAUUCAUCUUGCUGUCAUUUUCCCGAUGACGUCUACGCACAAACGCUUCCACACGUUAUCCCAACAAAGAAAAUGCUGCGGAUUUUGCACACAUUUUGAAGCUUGAAUUUUUGUUGUUGUUGUUUUGAUUCAUCCUGCGGAGCCAGGAAUUCGGCGACGAAGGUUUCUUUUUAAGCAAUAGAACAAUGAACAGGUGUGUAUUGUUCUUUUAUUUUGCACGUGUUUGGCUAGAAAACAGAAGUCUACUCGUUAGACUUUUGGCAACCUGAUGAUCACAACGUUUUAGGAGUGCAGUCUGGAUUAAAUUUGAUUACAGCUGUUGUUUACAGGACGUGUUGCUUUGCCCAGAAAAUAACACUUUUUAAUGUUGCUUCCUUCCUGAAUGAUUCUGCAUGACAAAAUGUUUUGUUGUGUUCAUUUCUACCAGCAGAGGGCAGUAAACUGUUGCAGUUGUUUCUAUUCCAGCAAAUUUAGGAGACAGCUUUCCCUCAUUUGUCUCGCAUGUGACCUUGGUAAACCCAUCCAUCCAUUUCUUACCGCUUAUUCCCUUCGGGGGCGCUGGAGCCUAUCCCAGCUACAAUCGGACGGAAGGCGGAGUACACCCUGGACAAGUCGCCACCUCAUCGCCGGGCCAACAUAGUAUGUAUAUAUUAUUAAUGUUGUAAAUACACUUCGUUAUUGAUCUAGAAAGGGUGGUCCCAAAGAGAUAGGCAUUUUUCUCAGGUCCCAAGAAAGUCAGAAAUGCAAAAAUGUGUGUAAGAAAACGAAAUGUGCCGAUUACUGCAAACUAGGAAUCAUUGAUUACAAUAUGAAUACAAACCCCGUUUCCAUAUGAGUAGGGACAUUGUGUUAGAGGUAAAUAAAAACAGAAUACAAUGAUUUGCAAAUCCUUUUCAACCCAUAUUCAGUUGAAUGCACUACAAAGGCAACAUAUUUGAUGUUCAAACUCGUAAACUUUUUUUUUUUUUUUUUGCAAAUAAUAAUUAACUUAGAAUUUCAUGGCUGCAGUUAGGAAAUGGCAUGUUCACCACUGUGUUACAUCCCCUUUUCUUUUAACAACACUCAAUAAACGUUUGGGAAAUGAGAAAA